AUGGUUCAGAAGGCAAAAGGAUUAUGGCGAAUGUGCCAAGACUAUACUGACCUAAAUAAGGCAUGUCCGAAAGAUAGCUUCCUGUUGCCUCGUAUUGACCAGCUCGUGGACGCCACUGCCGAUCACGAGGUGCUUAGCUUCAUGGAUGCUUAUUCAUGGUACAACCAGAUAUUCAUGCACCCUGCCGAUAGCGAGCAUAUGGCAUUCAUCACUGAUAGGGGAUUGUACUGCCACAAUGUCAUGUCGUUCGGCCUAAAAAAUACAGGGGCAACAUAUCAAAGGCUCGUCAACCGAAUCUUUGUCGAACAUAUCGGCAGCAUCAUGGAGGUUUACGUCGACGAUAUGUUGGUAAAAAGUAGGACUGCCGAAGAGCACCUACACAAUUUGGCCCUUAUGUUUGGUAUACUGAAGGACUACCGAAUGAGACUGAACCCAGCGAAGUGUGCCUUCGGUGUGUCUUCCGAGAAAGCAGAGCUACCGAUCUUCUACGUUAAUAAAGCGCUUCAGAGCGCAGAGCUUCGGUAUCCUCCGUUAGAACAGCUAGCCCUAGCCCUUGUUGUCUCAGCUCGAAGGCUCUACCCAUACUUCCAAGCGCACGAAAUCACGGUCUUGACCAAUCAACCACUUCGGCAAGUACUCCAAAAACCAGAAACAUCCAGCCGAUUGGUCAAGUGGACGAUCGAGCUCGGAGAAUUUGACAUACAAUUCAAACCAAGGCCUGCGGAAUAA